AUGAACGUACAUCCAGAACGUACACCUUCCUCCAUGGUUCCCGCGAACUUCACCAACAACUCUGCCCCAGGCGGUGGAGUCACGGGCAAAGCUAGAAACCUAUCGGUCUCCUUGGACAAGACGAAACAGAAACCUCUGAAAACUGCAAAGAAUAAAACCCCUCCAACCUCUCCGAAAACAAAAUUUUCAAAAAACAAAUUCUUCCUAUCAAAACGAUCAAAGCUUGAUACUCAUGUCGCCGCCUCAGAGAAUGCUCCUUCAAUCGAACAGAAAAAGUCACGCCCAACCUCGCUGGUCACGAAUAAACCCGCGGAUACAUCGGAGAACAAAUCUUCGGCAAAGAAAUUGGUGUCCACGCCUGUGUCGCGUUCGGUUUCCGUCAACUCGCCGUCCUCUCUUUUCAAAAAAAAGAAGUCAUCUGCGGUAGCCGAAUCAGCUCCCGUGACCCCCUCCUCCAGCACACCCUCGCUUACCAUAACCACCGACGUAUCGUCAAACCCUUCAUCCUGCGAAUCCUCUCCGCACACGCUGACCUCAAGCAAAGCGACCACCCUCACCUUUCAAUCCCCUUCAACCUCCUCUCUGUCAUCCGAUCAAACGGUUGACGAAAAUCAUUUGGACAUCACCACGUUUCUGGCCGCCCCGCGUUUGACGCAACGUGUGAGGCUGAGCUCGGGUAGGGUGGUCAGUUUUUCCGAGGUCGGCGACAGAAAUGGCUUCCCGGUCUUUGUGUUCCUGGGCAUGGGUUGCGUACGAUAUUUCAUUGCUUUUUUCGAUGAGUUGGCGAUGAGCUAUGGUCUGAGGUUGAUAUGUCCUGAUCGUCCGGGCAUUGGACUCUCGGACGACGUGAAGACAGACGAACAGGAUGUACUAAAAUGGCCAGAUGUGAUAGACGAACUUUGUAAUAUACUAGAUAUACCGCAAUUCUCCUUGAUGGCUCAUAGCGCUGGUGCUCCGUACGCUCUCGCUUGUGCGAUAAGGAUUCCCCAGAGGAUCAAGGGCACCAUUUAUCUCGUGUGCCCUUGGGUGAGCACCUCCGUGGCAAAUAAUUUCAAAUGGCUGCGGUUUGUUCCCACGCCCAUAAUGAGAUUCACGAAUUCGGCUGGCAUAUCACUGCAACAGAUGAUGCACGGUCGUCAACCAUACUCAACAAAACCUGCCUCACAACGAACCUCCGGUGCAUUGUCUGCGCAAAUGUCAAGUUUCGAAAAGAAGCAACAACUAGGACUCGCCAUUCUCAAGGCCUCCUUUGCCGAAAAUUUGACGGGCGCAAAUAACGACUUGAUGAUGUGUUUUGAGAGACGACGGCCUUUUGGGUUUUCGUACGCUGACAUUGAUCACCCCGUGCACGUAUUCCACGGAACAAAGGACGAUCGAAUCCCCGUGUCAGCGGUGCAGUGGAUGGAAGAGAAUAUGCCGGAUUGCAGACUAACGUUGAUCGAAGGUGGAAAGCAUUCGCUGUUCCUCCGUGCCGAGGUUGUAGACACAAUAUUCAAGUCGAUAGCCGUGCAAUUUCACGUGAGAGAAUCAUGUCGGAUGUGUAGAGUGUCAACAAAAUGUUGGCUACAGGAAGAAGCCGAACGACUGAAGAAAGAGAGAGAAUUGCAAAUUCAGAAAAAGGUGGAAUCCUCUUUUGCGAAAUUGACGCGAAAGGCUUCGGACUCCGACAUAAGAGCAGGCAAUCAAAAAUUUGUCAUGGAUCGAUCUUCGGCAGAUCAAAUACCGCAAGCCA